CUACAAACCAGAUAUCAGGAAGCUGAGCAAUUCAAUGACAGUAGUCUUCGAUACACAUCUUCCCUAUUUGAACUGUGAGAAAGCCUAACCCUCUCCGAACUCAUACAUACCGCCCGCCGUCUUCAGAAUGCCCGCGCCGUCUUCAGAUCCUCUCCCGCUCUCGCUCUGCGACUUCGCACUCCCCAUCUUUUGCAACGGUCUAGGUGCUCUUCUUCAUAUUUUGGAGGAAGGCAGGAGAUUUGCAAACAAACAGGGCCUCAACGCGGACAAAGUGUAUGUCCAAGCACGAUUGAUAGACGACCAGCUCCCGCUCGUUUUCCAGGUUCAAAAUGCUAUCAGAACAGUCUUUAUGAAUCUCGACAGAAUGACAGGUAACCAGUGGGACCUGGACGGCCCUUUGAACAACAACGAGAAGACAUUCGAGGAAUUGGAGAUGAGAGUCUCGAUGGCUCAGCUCGAGGUGAGGGAGGUGAUGAAGGAGCGUCCUCAUAAGAGGGACGAAGACCUUGUAGACAUCGUGGCGGGAGGUCGUCCCCUCAAGGUCACUGUGACCGAAGCGGUCCAAUUCCAUGGGAUACCCAACUUUAUCUUCCAUGUCACUACUGCUUACUCGAUCUUGCGAGCCAAAGGCGUGCCAUUGGGAAAAGCAGACUUUAUCCUCGGGUUUGUCGGUUGGCGAUGCUUAUGAAAGGACAGACAGGGACAGGGAAAGAGGCAAUGCUAGUGGUGGUUCCAUAUCGCGGCAGGAGGUCGUUCUCAUAGCCUAUCCAGAACCGAUGUGAAGACAAAGUAACACAGCCGAUGGGGUGCUGCAGGACAGAGGCUCAGCCUUGUGGGACCCCAAGCCUCAUCAGGAUAUGGGGGAAUCAUCCGCAGGAUCCAUGCUGCGUACGAAGUAUACUAUGCAGGUCCACCGCUCGUUCUGUCCAGCAUGAGAGUCAUGGGACUGCUGAUGUGUUGAUGGCACCGAAAAUGUGUAGAUUAUCAGC